AUGCCUGUGGACAUGCAGCCGCACCAGGGGCUGUAUCACUAUGACACCUCGCCUGGACAGCCCCCCAGAGGUUUACUGCCACAAGACCAGUCUCCAUACUGUGAAGUCCCCUCAUUGCGAGCACCGUUACUCAACGGCCCUCCUCAGGACUGCAGAACCAUUUACAAUCCAAUGACUUCCACUAUGGGUCACGGAUCGGCACCAGUGCAGAGCAUCAGUCACUGUCACUUGGACCAAUACAUGAGGCCUCCCCAGGCUCCACCGCCCCUCGGGAUGAUGGGACACAGAAGCAUGACGUCCACGGAAGGCAACAACGCCCCCUACUGCAACCAGAACAACAUGAUGUCUUCCCAUCCCAACUUCUGCCAGUCAAACUCUGAUCAGAUUAGCUCGGGUGAUGGUUCAAGAUUCUCUACACCGCGCUCAAUGCUGAAAUUGAGCAAGAAACGAGCGCUGUCCAUCUCGCCGCUGUCUGACCCUAGCGUGGACCUGCAGACGGUCAUUCGGACUUCGCCCAACUCUCUUGUGGCCUUUGUAAAUGCUCGCUGUACGCCCAACGGGAACGGCGGCAGCUCGUACGGGCAUCUGUCUGUAAGCUCCAUGAGCCCAUCACUAGGCUAUUCCAGUAGCAUGAACUGCCAAUCAAGGCCUCAGGGCUCCAUGUAUGGGGGAGUAGGCGGGAGUACAACGCACACACCAGGCCCGUGCCAGGCUUCUCGGCUUCCCGCACACAACCCUCGUCUCCACGUGCCGCCUAAACAUGGACAACUAAAAACCGAGCCGGGGCUGGGAGUGGGGAUGGAUGCCAUGACUAUGAAAAACUUGGAGGAGAGAUCUGAGGGAGAUUUGGCCAGCCCUUCAUCCACCGGUACUCAGGAUCCCCUCUUGGGUUUGCUGGAUGGCAGAGACGACUUGGAUAAGGAGGAUGGGAAACCCGAACCUGAGACCAUCUAUGAAACAAACUGCCAUUGGGAGAGCUGCAACAAGGAGUUUGACACGCAGGACCAACUCGUUCACCAUAUCAACAAUGAGCACAUCCACGGCGAGAAGAAGGAGUUUGUUUGCCACUGGCAAGAGUGUUCUCGUGAGCAGAGGCCCUUUAAGGCCCAGUACAUGCUUGUGGUUCACAUGCGCAGGCACACAGGGGAAAAGCCACACAAGUGCACUUUUGAAGGUUGCAACAAGGCGUACUCCCGUUUAGAGAACCUAAAGACACACUUGCGCUCUCACACUGGGGAGAAACCCUACGUGUGUGAGCAUGAGGGCUGCAACAAAGCCUUCUCCAAUGCCUCCGAUCGGGCUAAACACCAGAAUCGAACACACUCAAAUGAGAAACCCUACGUUUGCAAGAUUCCCGGCUGCACCAAGCGGUACACGGACCCGAGCUCGCUACGUAAACAUGUAAAGACAGUACACGGUCCAGAGGCCCACAUCACCAAGAAGCACCGAGGCGACACAGGCCCUAGACCGCCUGGCUCAUCUAUGACCCCUGGAGGUCCGGGCACUGAAUUGCUGCUGGAGAAGGAGGAGAAACGCCGGGAGGACUGUAAACUAAUGGCUCCCGAUACUAUUCUGAAAUCCCAGCCAAGCCCUGGUGGCCAGUCAUCAUGCAGCAGUGAACGUUCCCCUCUGGGCAGUACAAAUAACAAUGACAGUGGUGUGGAGAUGAACCUUAAUGCGGCAGGCAGCCUGGAAGACCUCACAGCCCUGGAGGAUGGUGGAACAGCUGGGGCUGGCGCCGGGGAAGCAGGAAGCGGGACGGCAACAAUGGGAAUGUCAGCUCAGGCUCUCAAAAGGCUGGAGAACCUAAAGAUUGACAAACUGAAGCAAAUCCGGCGACCAGCGCCCCCUAGCCGUUGUCUCCCCAACAAGCUACCAGCGCUUCCUUGUUCAAGUGAUUCAAUGGGAAUGUGCGCGCCAUCAACACUUCUCUCAAAUCGGCGCGUCAUGGAGCUGUCCAGUCAUGAGCUUGGAGGCGGGACUUCUAUCAGCGCCAAUGCCAACGACCGGAGAGGAAGCGGGACGAGCAGCCUGAGCUCCGCCUACACAGUCAGCCGCCGUUCCUCCAUGGUGUCGCCUUACUUGUCCAGCCGGCGCUCCAGUGACGUCUCUCAGAUGGCCGCUGCAGGUGGAUGCCACCUUCUCGGCCAAGAUCAAAGCGGUGGGGAUCCCCUUUCCCCGGAAACUAGUCGUAGAGGAGCUCCCUGUCCAGGAGGUGGCGCGCUGCCUGGCCUUUCCAACCUGACACCAGCCCAGCAGUACAGUCUGAAGGCCAAGUAUGCUGCAGCCACCGGUGGUCCACCGCCUACUCCCUUACCUGGAAUGGAUCAGCCGGGCACUCCCGGCAGACGAGGAGGCAUUAUGAGCAACUACCAGGGGCAACCUCUGCCUCCAUUCCUUCAGCAAAGUGGUACGCGUCGGCACAGUGCCAAUACAGAGUACGGCACAGGUGUGAUCUACCCUCACCAGGCUCCGGGUAACACAAAUAGAAGGGCUAGUGACCCGGUGAGAUCGAUAGCAGCAGACCAGCUAGCCCUCCCAAAACGGUUCAACAGCCUCAACAAUAUAUCCAUGAUGGGCCGGAGAAAUGCUUUGCAACACCAAGACCACCGCAGUACUGGAAUCGCACGUCAUAUGUAUUCUCCUCGGCCCCCUAGCAUUACAGAGAAUGUCAUGAUGGAAUCCAUGGGUAUGGACUCCCAGCUACCCCCUUUGAAUGCGAGAGAUCAUUCCAUGGUGAUCCCACCUGGUGAGAGGAGCUUCAUGGGAUACCAGCAGCAGCAGAUGGGAGGUAGCGGACCACUUUCGAACCAACUAUCUCCAAGCCAUGACCCUUUGGGAUGCCCGGACCAAAGUUACAUGAAAGGGCAUUACCAGAACCAAGGAGGGGAAGUCGCUCCCAGGGUAGGUGGAAAUCCUCUGGGUCUAGCGAGGCCUGUUCAACCAGACGUAAUUUCUAAUACACUUCUUCAACAGGCAGAGUACAGUAUGAGCAACUGUCAACUCAGUCCAUCAGGCCACCAUUACCAGACCUUAGGUCAAGGAGUCGAGGCCAGAACUGGUCAAUGGCGCGACGGCCAGAGCCACGCCCAAAGUGCUCUCCAGGACCAACGCAGCCUGCCGUAUUCAGAAGCAAAUAUGGCGCCUCAGCAGGCACAAGUCCACUUUAACAAUCAAACGGGCCUUUAUAACAAUGCAGAGGGAGCUCAUAAACUCACCAUCAAGCCUGAGCAGCAGUUCCACCCUGGCAUGGGGGAUGCUGAUGCCUGUCAAAGUGCUAAGCUUCAGCAGCAGCAGCUCCACCUCCAGCAGGUCCAGGGUUACAAUCCACAGACUGGCGCUCGAGCUAUGAUGAGUAACUCAAACAGUGUGACCUGUGACUAUCAAGAACAGAACCAGAACUCCUUCUCCAGUGGUGGAGGCUUGAGUUUGGGAUGCGCUGGUACCACUCUUUCUGAAGGCCAGAGGUCUGAAACACCCAUGAUGCAGGUAAAGGAGAUGAUGGUGAGGAACUAUGUCCAGUCUCAGCAAGCCCUCAUGUGGGAGCAGCAACAAGAACAGCAGCAUAGUCCAGUAAAACCACCUUCACUUUCUGACAACUUGGAUCUGGCCGGACAGGCAUCAUUAAUGCAACACAGUCCCCAGAACCAAAAUAUGUACUCGAACCAGUCCUUCGCUUCCUAUCCCAAUCAGAACCUUAUCAUGAGCCCUCCGACACAUAGCCGAGAAUCCAGCUCGGCCAUACUUAAAGAGCAGAUGAUGGGGCUCCAAGGUGCUUGCUACAGUCAGGAAAUGGUGGUCCCCAGGCCCCCUCCUCAAGGACGGAAACCUCUGAGUCGCCAGAACAGCUUAUCACAAGGCGGUGGAAGCUACAUGGGAAGUCCACAACAACUCAGCCCGUCCCACUCAGUUUCCAGCCCAAGAAGACCCAUCCGACUGCCUCCAGUCCAGCACCCACAGCAACCACAGCAUGAAAUGUUCUCUUCCAAUAAUAAUGUGUACUACUCAGGCCAUGUCCAUAUGGGCCUAGAAAAACACAUCGAUACCCAGAAUGGACAUUGUCUCCCCCAGGAACACAACAUGGGAGCCAACCUAGACCCAACAGCUGCUACGAAAUCUACGCCCAUGGCUCCCUAUUCACAAUCCGGGCCCAUUUCCAACGCCUUAGAAAACCUGGACCUGGAUAACGCUCGCAUAGACUUCACUUCCAUCAUUGAUGAUGCGGAACCCUCGUCCUUUAGCCCCUUAAACCAUCCCAUUCAGGGUCAAACCGGGUCUUCCUCGCAGACAUCUUCACGUCUCACCACCCCACAGACCUCGGUCACCUUAUCCAACAUGGCGGUGGGGGAUAUGACGUCCAUGCUCAACUCGCUCGCUGGGGAGAAUAAGUACCUGAACACUUUGUCGUAG